AUGAAUAUAGUCCAGUUCUUUGUAGGUAGAAAUCAAUUGGGAAGAACGUACAGCCCCGGACUGCCGCUGUCGAUGUGUGAACGCGAGGAAAUUGUGAAAUUAUUUCAGAGCGGUUGGAAGAUUUGUGAUAUAUCGAAGCGCCUAUGUGUUACGCACAGUUGUGUAAGCAAAAUUUUAAACAGAUACAGACAGACGGGUUCGGUUCGACCAAAGGAUGCUAAGGAAGGACGAACAGAAUCACCAUUAGUCGCGGCAGUAAGAGACUACAGGACAAGACUUGGAAUGAGCCGUCAAGGUGAGAUCCGUGAACAACUAAUCAAAGACGGGAUUUGCACAAGAGAGACGGCUCCAAGCAGAUCGUCUAUCAACCAGUAA